AUGCCACCUCUUCGUGUUUUACUUCCACGACCAACACCAAUCGAAGAUACAGCACCAAUGAAAGAAUUAUUUACCAGACGUGAUAAUGUAGGAAGUGAAUUCUGCAAAAAUAUUCAUGCUUAUAACAACAUUUUCGCUUUCACAUCUAUAGGAACUAAAUUAGAUGAUGAACUUGCUAAUGAUAAAGAAGAAAUAUAUAUAUUCAGGAUUCAUAGAGGAAUUUAUCACUCUAUAGGAUCUCUUAUCCCUAAUAACAAUGAAAAACCAAAAUUUAUGCAGUUAUAUAUUUAUGACACUGAGCACGAAACGAAUAACAGGCUUGCUAUUAUGCCUGAACUCUGUCAAGAUGUUUUAGAGAUUAUCAAAUUGAUAUUAGAUCAGUUUAACCUGUUUGUUACUAAUUUUCACUCAAUUGCUAUACAUAAUAAUAUAACCAACCUACGUCUUCUUUUCAGAGCUAACUAUGGCUUGGAUCAAAGGAAAUACAAUACUCAAACUGCUUCACAAGUAGCAGCUAUAUGGGUAGAAGGUUACAAUCCAGAAGGAUUCAUGAAACGAGAUAUUAUUGUAAAAUCAAGAUCCCAAGGCUUACAAUAUAUUUCAGAACUGAGUGGCUCUUACAAUAUCCGCUUUUUUUCCCAUGUAGUAAUUAUGGUUGGCAUCCGGGAUAAUGCAAAACACAACUCUGAAAAAAGUAACAACCAAACAAUACUACUCAUACAAAUUGCAAAUACAUCAAAAUUCUUCAACAUUGAUUCAUUAUGCCGGAUGACUUUUCCAACAAUACGUGGUUGA